AUGCAUCGUUUAUUAUACAAUCAUACGUACACGGCUAUAUUAGAGGAAUGCUACACUCAUCGUGAAUUUAAUCUUGGUAGUUACAUUUUUUCAAUUAUUCUAGGUAUUUUUGGUAUAUUAUUAAUUGUAUUCAAUACAUGUAUAUCAAUUAUAUGGAUAAUUUAUAUUAUUGGAUGGAAAACUACAAAAGUAUCAUAUGAUCAUAAUGUUCACACUGAAGGUAUUCUACAUCUUACAGUAGACUUACCGAUUAAAAACAGUAAUACUAAUAAUAUUGUUACUGCUACUACUACUACUACUACUACUACUACUAUUGUUCCUGAUUGUAUGACACACAAUACUAUCAAUCGUAACUUUUAUAAACCAGUAUGGCCAAAAUGUUCUCUGCGUAUUUCUACACAGAUAUAUAUAUUUUCUAUUAUAAUAUGUGAUCUAGUUGGACAUAUGAGUUCUGUUUUACGAUUCACUGUUCUAUCAAUGACUGGUAAAGAUUUACGCUUAUUAUUCGGUGAAUCAAUGUGUCGUAUUCAAUUAUAUUUAUCUUUUUCAUCAACAAGUAUAUCAGGUUGGCAAUUUGUUUUUCUUUGCUUUGAAAGAUGUUAUAUAUUAAGUAGGCCAAAAUCGAAUUAUACACUUACACCAAAAAUAUAUUGGUCUGCUAUGAUGUUAACAAUUUUCACAUUAAUAACAACAUUUAUUGUUGAUGCUUAUGUUUUUUUACCUAAUGAAAAUGUAUGCAAAAUGUAUUAUUAUAAUCCAGUUUUAUUAACUAUUAAAGUUGUCUAUACAUUAUUAUUACCAGCUAUGAUGAUAAUUAUUUCAUCAGUAAUACUAUUAGUAUUUUUAAUUAAAAUGAAAAUACAUAUAAGAAAUAUAAACUUAUCAGGUAGAUGUUGUAAUAAUCAUAAUCGAUUAAAUAUUAAGGAACGUAUAUUGGUAGCGAAAAGAAUGUUUAUUAUUGCUAUAUGCCAUUUAAUAUUACAGACUAUAACAGUAGUUUUUGUUAAAACUGUUGAAAAAUAUUGUUGUUAUUAUACAUCAGAGAAAAUUUUAGAAAUAACUGAUUAUAUGUAUAUAUUAUUAAAUCUAUUAAGAUGGUCUACUCAUUCACUAAGAUCAUUUUUACUCAUUACCGGUUCUUCUAUUAUAAAUCAUGAUGUAAAACUUAUCUUAAAUAUUUUUAAGAUAAAUAUUAAAAGUUUUUUGAAUAUAUAA